UUCGUGUCUCCAUCUCCACCGCAGCCCUUGUGGCUCUCACCUGGGCCGUGAGGAAGCUGAUGAAGAGGAAGUUUGUGCGAGCUAAGUACCACGAAGAGGCCCUGGAGCAGAUGGAGAAGACUGUCCAGCAGUUCAAGGAAGAGAACCCGGAUGUCCAGACUAGCCACAUCCUGUCGCUGCCGCUGGCGGAGCUGGUGGAGAAACUGAAAGAAGGUUCCCUGUCUCCGGAGAGUGUCCUCUACUCCUACAUAGAGAAGGCCCUGGAAGUCAACAAGGAGGUGAACUGUGUGACAGCAUUUAUUCCUAGCUGCCUGCAACACAUUCAGGAAAUGAGAAACAGGAAGAAAGGGUUGCUCUACGGUGUACCCAUCAGCAUUAAGGAUCAUGUGGUUUGCAAGGGCUGUGGAUGCACCUGUGGUUCAGGAGAGAAGCUUAGUGUCCCAGAGCAAGAGGAGAGUGUACUGAUGAGAGUGCUGAGGAGCCAAGGAGCCAUCCCAUUUGUGAAAACCAACACGGCACAAUGUGUGAUCAAUUAUGACUGCAGCAAUGACAUUUAUGGCCAGACGCUGAACCCUCUGAACCACAAGAAGAGCCCCGGAGGCUGUUCUGGAGGGGAGGGAGCUCUGAUUGCAGGGGGAGGCUCCAUCCUGGGAUUUGGGUUGGACAUUGGUGGCAGCAUCCGCCUGCUGUCCAGCUUCUGCGGGCUGUGUGGGCUCAAACCCACAAGCGACAGGCUCAGUUAUUGGGGAAUAAGUGAUCCGGUGCAUUGCCUCCAAACAGCUACAGGUGUGGUGGGGCCGAUAGCAAGAGAUGUGGACAGUCUGGCCUUGUGCAUGAGAGCACUUCUGUGUGAAGACAUGUUCUGCUUGGACCCUACUGUGCCACCCAUCCCCUUCAACAUGGAGGUGUUUAGCAGUCCCACUCCCCUUCGGAUUGGCUUCUAUUCCCUGGAUGGCUACUUCUUGCUUCCGCCCUGUGUGACUCGGGCUGUCUAUGAGACCCGUCUGCUGCUUGAGGAGGCUGGACACACGAUGAUCCCCUUUGUUCCACCCAGUGUUGACUAUGCAAUGAACAGCUUGUUUUUGAAGGGGCUCUUUGCUGACAGCAACUCUGCUUCUGCGUGCAUGUGCAAACUGGACUGUCUGGACCCAGGCUGUAGCCACUUCAUCCGCUGUGAUGUGCUCCCAACUGUGCUGAGAAAGAUCCUGGCUUGUCUCCUAAAGCCCCUGUUCCCCAGUUUUGCCAGCUGUUUGGACAUGCCAUGUGGAGCACAGUCACCAAAGGAACUCGCGGACCUCCGUGCUGCCAUGAUGGUUUAUCGCUGGGAAUUCAUCACCCGAUGGAAGAACCUUGACCUGGAUGUUGUGCUGUGCCCUGUGCUGGGACCAGCCUUCACCUUGGACCAUGUGGAGACAAAUCUUGAUGCUCUGUCCUCCACUAUGUUGUACAACAUCCUCAACUUCCCCGUGGGAGUCGUGCCUGUCACCAAGGUCACAGAGGCAGAUGAAGAGCAGCUGCAGCUUUACAGUGGGUACUUGGAUGAGCCCUGGGACAAGGGGCUGAGGAAGGCAGUGGAAGGAGCGGUAGGGCUGCCUGUGGCUGUCCAGUGUGUGGCUUUACCAUGGCAGGAGGAGCUGUGCCUUCGGUUCAUGAAAGAGGUUGAAAGACUGACCUGUGAGAAGAAACAGAGAAGUGAUGAUUCUGGGUCUAGCCCAGUCCAGAGCCAUGGACUAAAUGAGACCUCACUGGGAGAAGACUCUGUGGCUUGGCAGCCCCUAAAGUUGAGUUGCACGUUGCCAGAGGUGUCCCACACGAUCAGCAAGGCAGAGGCGUGCCCAACUGUGCACAGAACAGCCUUGCGAAUCAUCAUCGCUGAUGACCAGAAGGAUGACCUGCAAGCAGCUGUUCUCCAACCAGACAUGGAGAGCGAUGGGCAAACAGCAUCAUUCCAGCCUCUCACAUCAACACCGGUGAAGCAGAGUGAUGUAAAAAUGUUGUCACCUGAGCCUGAUGUGGCAACACUGGCGUCCUGGUCAGAUGAGGAGAAUGAAGGGCCAGUCCUGAUUCGCCCACCUGAUAAAAAAGGGGACCUGCAGCCUCAUGAGGCGAAGCCUGAUGCGCAAACACAGGCAUCCCAGAAGGAUGGAGAGAGAGACACGCAGACUGAGUUUGAUGUGCAAACACAGGUACCCCGGAGGGAUGAAGAGAGGGACCGACAGCCUGGUGUCUCACAGCCUGAUGGGCAAACACAGGCAGCUGAAGGUGACAUGUCAAGCGAGGACCAAAGCCAACCCAUCACCCUGGUUAAGCUCACUGCUCUGUGAUAUGCAAAUCCUCACUUCCCCCUCUGUGGAAAUAAAACUUGGAAUGCA